CGCACACACACACACACACACAAACAGGAACGAGACAUUCAUGGACCAGAGAGGAGAACAUGGAACUGUUGAUGUUACUAUACAAGCAGUAAGAGGGGAUCUAUGGAAUUGCCAAGAAAGAUGAUUUUUUUCAUUCGGUAAAGAACAAAAACGAACUUUUCCAACACAAUGUUCCUGUUGAUCCUCCACUGACCACCGGGUGGCAGCGUUACGCUUUUCCUCCGCAGACGCAGACGAAGAAGAAGAAGAAGAAGAAGAAGAAGAAGAAGAAGAAGAAGAAGAAGAAAAAGAAGAAGAAGAAGAAGAAGAAGGAGAAGAAAAAGAAAACGAAGACAACGAAGAAGAAGAAAACACAAACACUUUGCGCUGAUUCGCUGCUGAGGGGGCGUGCGGCUGUGACGUGCGACAGAGAGGAAAGAUGGCGGCGGUGACCAGAGGCUCGUUUACUGUUCUCCGGCGGCUGUUGACUCAACAGUACCGCGGACAAUGUUUCCGGCUGCAGAGCGUCAGAUCUCGGGCUCAGCAGCCGAUCAGCUUCUCAUGUGACACAAACGUUGGGACGAUGAGCUGCAGGAUGCUGCACACGACUGUGGCAAGUCGAGGACCAAUCGUCCAAUUCAAACUGUCGGACAUUGGAGAGGGCAUCAUGGAGGUGACGGUGAAGGAGUGGUACGUGAAGGAGGGUGAUAAAGUUUCUCAGUUCGACAGCAUUUGUGAAGUUCAGAGUGACAAGGCGUCCGUCACCAUCACCAGCCGCUAUGAUGGUGUCAUCAGAAGACUCUACUACGAUGUGGACGCCACGGCGUUAGUUGGCAAACCGCUGGUCGACAUCGAGACCGAGUCAAGUUCAGAGGUGAUCCAGGAGGAGGAUGUGGUGGAGACGCCAGCUAUGGCUCGAGAAGAACACACCCACCAGGAGAUCAAAGGUCACAAGACCCAGGCCACGCCCGCCGUGAGACGCCUCGCCAUGGAGAACAAUAUAAAGCUCAGUGAGGUGGUGGGGACAGGUAAAGAUGGACGGAUCCUGAAGGAAGACAUCCUGAACUUCUUGGCGAGGCAGACGGGAGCCAUCUUGCCUCCGACCCCGAUCCAAGAAAUCCAGACUCUGGUUCCAGCUCAGGCUGCUGACGCUGCUGCUUUCAGGCCCGCAAGCUCUCCGACCCCUGUCACGGCCCCGCCCACCACGACCAAACCCGUCUUCACCGGGAAGGACGUCACCGAGCCCCUGAAAGGUUUCCACAAGGCGAUGAUGAAGACGAUGACGGCGGCGCUGAAGAUUCCUCACUUCGGUUACUGCGACGAGGUCGACCUCAGUCGCCUCGUCGCUCUGAGAGCUGAACUCAGAUCUGUGGCUGAAGGUCGAGGGGUCAAACUGAGCUACAUGCCGUUCUUCAUCAAGGCUGCUUCCCUCUGUCUCCUCCACUUCCCCAUUCUGAAUGCUUCAGUGGACGACAGCUGCCAGAACAUCACCUACAAGGCGUCUCACAACAUCGGGCUGGCGAUGGACACCAUUCAGGGUCUGCUGGUUCCCAACGUGAAGAACGUGCAGCUGCUCAGCGUGUUGGAUGUCGCUCUGGAGCUGAACCGUCUGCAGGCGCUGGGGUCAGCUGGUCAACUGGGAACCAGCCACCUGAGCGGAGGAACCUUCACCUUGUCCAACAUCGGAUCAAUUGGGGGGACGUACGCCAAACCAGUGAUUCUCCCUCCAGAGGUCGCCAUCGGAGCUCUGGGAAAAAUCCAGGUCCUCCCUCGGUUCGACGGCGGCGGUCAGGUGGUCCCGGCUCACAUCAUGAAGGUCAGCUGGUCGGCGGAUCAUCGCGUCAUCGACGGAGCCACCAUGUGUCGCUUUUCCAACCUGUGGAGGGGGUACCUGGAGAACCCGGCCAGCAUGGUGCUGGACCUGAAGUAGACCGGGGAGGACGGAGACACGCCCACGCCUCCAACUUCCCCCCGCCGCCUUCGCUCCACCUCUCCUGAGGCCUUCACUUCGCUCGCUGUCGUUUCCUUGUUGCCUUUGAGCAAGGUGCAUGGUGAGGGGCAGAGGUCAACCUGUCAAUCAUGUUGUUUCCACGGCAACCAACCCCCUGCAGAGGUUAGAGGUCCUGGAUCAAUGAUCAAAUAUCAAUUCAUCUGCAACUACCUUCAUAAUGGAAACACUAAUUAGAAAAAUAUGUUUUAUACUAACAAUGUCAUGUAUUGUUAUGAUUAUUAAUAAUGAAUCAUGAUUGAUCGGGGACUGAUGUGCAGAACAGCUGCUGAUGGACACGACACAUCUGGACAGCAGCUGUGAGCAGCAGCAGCAGCGAACGCACCUCCUGGAUGUCUUCAGUGCCCCGGUGGCUGCUGGGUAAAAAGCCCCUGGUGUCGGUUUCUGUUACAAACUGUUAGAACGUUGUUUUCCUGCUGUGUUUGUUUUCAACGUCUACAUAAAGUUUGUUUUCUGACAUGAUGAAAUAAAGUUCAACUUUAAAGAAA